CGCCGCCCGGCCGAGAGGAGGGGUCGCGCCCGCCCGCCGCUCGCCGCUUUCCCGGGGAUUGCUACUCUGCUUUGAACUUAAAUGAACUAGCCCCGGACCGCGGGAGGAGGAGGAGGGAGAGCCGCGUCCUCCUGCGCCUUCUGCCGCCUGGCCGCCGGCCGCACCUUGCUCCGGCACCCCCUCCCCGCCGCCGGGGAUGCUCUGAGCCCUCCCAGCCAUGACACCCACCUGCCCCCCGGCGCCGCCAGUCCCUCGCUCCCACGGACUCUGCUGACUCCCCCAAGGCCGGCGCAGCCCUCCCGCCCCCCGGAAAGUACUUCGCUGCCCGUUCCGCCGGGCCGGGGGCCCAGCGCAUCCCGCCGCUCUCCUCCUCUCCUCUCCUCGUGUGCUUUUUUGUUUUGCUUCCCUUUUUUUUUUAAAUUUUUUCUCCCCUAAGUCUUGAAGUUGAGUUUUAGAGGCGACACGGCGGCUUCAGCCGAUUUCUUCCCCUUCCUUUGCCUCCCCAUGGAUAUGCACUGCAAAGCAGACCCCUUCUCAGCAAUGCACCCAGGGCACGGGGGUGUGAACCAGCUCGGGGGGGUGUUUGUGAACGGCAGGCCCCUACCUGACGUGGUGAGACAAAGGAUAGUGGAGCUGGCUCACCAGGGGGUGCGACCCUGUGACAUUUCCAGGCAGCUGCGGGUCAGCCACGGUUGUGUCAGCAAGAUCUUGGGCAGGUAUUACGAGACGGGAAGCAUCAAGCCCGGCGUGAUCGGAGGCUCCAAACCCAAAGUGGCCACCCCCAAAGUAGUGGAUAAAAUCGCCGAGUACAAGAGACAAAACCCAACGAUGUUCGCCUGGGAAAUCCGGGACAGGCUAUUGGCCGAGGGCAUCUGCGACAACGACACGGUCCCCAGCGUCUCUUCCAUAAACAGGAUCAUCAGAACCAAAGUUCAGCAACCUUUUCACCCAACACCAGACGGGAGUGGGACAGGUGUGACUGCACCAGGACAUACUAUUGUGCCCAGCACAGCAUCCCCUCCUGUCUCCAGUGCCUCCAAUGAUCCAGUGGGCUCUUACUCCAUUAACGGGAUCCUGGGGAUUCCUCGGUCGAAUGGCGAGAAGAGGAAACGUGAUGAAGAUGUAUCCGAGGGCUCAGUUCCCAAUGGAGACUCCCAGAGCAGCGUGGACAGUUUGCGGAAGCACCUUCGUGGCGACACUUUCACCCAGCAGCAGCUGGAAGCUUUAGAUCGAGUUUUUGAGCGUCCUUCUUACCCUGACGUCUUUCAAACAUCAGAGCACAUCAAAUCUGAGCAGGGUAAUGAGUACUCCCUCCCAGCUCUGACCCCUGGUCUCGAUGAAGUCAAAUCAAGUCUAUCCACCUCUGCUAACCCAGACCUGGGGACAAAUGUGUCAGGACCCCAGACGUACCCUGUGGUGACCGAAAACCUCUCCUCUCCCCUCAGUAUAAAGCAAGAGCCUCAUGGAGCCUCUCUCACCCCUUUCACCCCCACCACGCCGGUCGGCUCUGGGCAGGCUGAUCUUCAGCCCUUCCACAUGGCCCUUUCAGACGAUGCGUCCACGCCUUGCUACAGUGCCUUCCUUCAUCAUGGUGCCCACUUUGGGCAGUCCAGCAGCCAGCCUCUGAUAGCAGGUCGUGAUAUGGCAAGCACCACCUUGCCUGGCUACCCACCCCAUGUUCCCCCAACUGGACAAGGCAGCUACCCAACAUCAACUCUUGCAGGAAUGGUUCCUGGGAGCGAGUUCUCAGGGAACCCCUACAGCCACCCCCAGUACACGACCUACAACGAGGCCUGGCGGUUCAGCAACCCUGCGUUACUAAGUUCCCCUUAUUAUUAUAGUGCCACAUCCCGGGGCUCCGCACCUCCCACUGCUGCCGCUGCCUAUGACCGCCACUAGUUACCAUGGAAACCACAUGAAACUGCAGGGCGACAGCUUAGGCCUCCACAUUGUACCUGUCUGAUCACCUCCCUCCACCCCUGCCAAGGGUGAAGAGACCUUCUCCGUUCCUCCCCACAGUCCAGUUCCUUCCUCUUCGCCGCCAAGGCGCCGGACCAAGCGCUCACCACACGAGACUGAGGCCCCGGUUCCCUGCCCUCCGCCCCGGCCUGCCCCACGCCAGGCUCAGCCCGCGGCCGAGCGGCCUCCCCUGCAGGAGCCCUCCACCGCCCCGCAGACAGCUCUGCCGUGCAAAGUCCUCCUGCCUUCAGACUCCAGGGGGCUGGGAAGCAAUGCAGCUGGCAGCCAUUGCCUUACAGGACCCCCUUCUGGGAGCGGUGAGGGCCAGGGAAACGGGGGAGAGUGCCGCUCGUGAAACACUGUUCCCCAAAGAUAUGCUCUUCUGUGGUGGACUCUUGAGUGUGUGUGACCUGUGAUGCUCACCCUGUUUCCCAGGACAGAGGGAACGGUCUGGCUAGAGCAGAGACGGCAGCACAGAGACCUGGCCCAUCUGGCAAAGAAGAAAGGACCAAGUAAAGAUCUGCGCCCCAUGAGGGGUUCUUUGUGCACCUCAUCCCCACUUUCCAGCACGGAUUCCCCCAGAGUUGGCUGCACCUCACGGGUGGUGACUUUGCAGGCCAGAGCUGGGAGGAACCUCACACAUACACCCGCAAUUUCUGUGACACACAAUCAGCUCAGACAGGAGGAUGGAGCAACAUUUACAAACAAACCGACGAAAUGAAGAAAUAUAUAAAUAGAUAUAUAAAUAUAACUGUGUUUUUAUGCUUUGUCAUGAAGGUCUGUAAAAAGGAACAAAAAAAUCCCCAAUUUUCUAAAAAACCCAAGCAAACAAAACCAACAAAAAAACCAAAAUAAUAAUUAAAAAAUCCUACAAAAAUAAAACUCCAAGUCCCAUCUCUCCCCACCACCUGAAUGGCAGACGAGUUCCUCUGACGUUUGAUGCUCCUCUUUCACUCUAGGGUU